UUUAGCCGGCUGCUGGCUCUGACCGGGCCUCCCUGGAGUAGGCUUUGCACACCCUCGCCCGCAGAAGAGCCAUGUACAGGAGCAGCUACGUCUUCCAGGCCCGCAAGGAGCAGUAUGAGCGCUCUGAGGAGGUUCCCGACCGCCUGGCAGAGGGCUCCGCCACCGCGCCCAACCUGGCAACACUGAAGGAGCUCGGGCAGCGGGUGGCCGCCCACGUCCAGUGGGCCCGUGUGCUGGAGCAGCGCCAUGGUGUCCUCCGGCGGCAAUUGGAUGCCUUUCAGCGCCUGGGCGAGCUGGCCUUUCCUGAGGCGUCCCUCGUCCACCAAGUCGAAGGCAACCGCCAGCGCACUGGCGAACUGGCGGCUGAGCGCGCCCGACUGGAACGCCAGGGCGCAGAGGCACAGCGUGCACUGGAAGAGUACCGUAGCAAAUAUGAAAAUGAAUGUGAAUGUCAACUGCUGCUAAAGGAAAUGCUUGGGCGCCUUAACAAGGAAGCUGAUGAAGCCUUACUGCAUAAUCUGCGCCUUCAGAUUGAAGCCCAGUUUCUGCAGGAUGAUAUCAGUGCAGCAAAGGACAUGUACAAAAAGAAUCUUCUGGAAAUUCAGACCUAUGUCAGCAUUCUGCAGCAGAUCAUCCAGACCACUCCUCAAGCAUCUGCCAUUACAGAUGGGAUGAGGGAGGAGAAGCUCCUGACAGAACGAGAGGUGGCUGCACUGCAGGGUCAGCUGGAGGAGGGCCAGGGGGUACUGUGUCUCCUGCAGGCACAGAGAGCCGAGCUGCAGGCCCAGACAGUGACCCUGGAACAAGCUAUUAAAGAUGCUCACGAGUGUUACGAAGAUGAGAUUCAGCUGUAUAAUGAACGAAUUGAAACCCUGCGGAGGGAGAUUGAAGAGACUGAGAAGAGCCUGGAGAAGUCUUCCUAUGACUGCCGGCAGCUGGUGGUCACCCAGCAAACCCUGAAGAACGAGCUGGACCGGUAUCAUCGGAUCAUUGAGAACGAAGGCAACAGGCUGAGCUCCGUCUUCGUGGAAACACCUGUCACUCUGUUCACUAUAGGCCAUGGAGUCUCUCACAGCUCUCGACUUGGUGGGAAAGGUCUCACCAGGGCUGUGCAGGAUAUAACGACAGCAAAACCAAGACAAAAAGGCCUCCCCAAGAAUGUUCUAAGGAAAAAGGAGAUUAUAGCUAAAGACAGAGCAGAUGAAAGUUUGGAAAAUGCACCACUGAGAGGUAUGGAAGACACAGAACUGGUGCAGGUGGUAGUUAAAGAACAAGGAGAAUCUAAGCUUGAAUCGAAGGAUAAAGAAGCAAGUCCCCCUGCCCCAGAAGGGGCUCCAGAGGACAUGCCUGAUGGCGGGCAGAUAAGCAAAGCCUUUGGGAAGCUCUGCAAGAUGGUCAAGGAGAGAGUGAGGAGCCCCAAAGAGCCCGAGCCCACAGCUGACCUCUACACUAAAGGGCGGUAUGUGCUGGUCAUUGGGGAUGCCAGUUAUACGGACCCUGGAUUCUGUUCGUUGGCUGUCCCAACCAAGGGUAGAGUGCUUGUUUCCAUUGAGGAUGACUCUCUGCAUCAUGAGAGUGCUGUGGAGCCCUCUCCCGAGCAGCCCCAGCCCCCUCCGGGGGAUGGACAGGGGAGUCCAUGCCCACCCAAUAAGCAUACUGCAGACAACGAGAUAAACACUGAAGAACUGAAAGGUCCCAGGGAGAAACAUGGUGGUCAGAAUGAGGAGGAAAAGCCCAGGAGGCCUUGUCUCAUGGUCACACCGUGUCCAGAGGGACCAUCUGCACCCCCACCACAAAGGCCUGGGGCCAGUCAGGAUGGAGCUGUAAGUCAGGAAGAUAGGAAUGGCAGCCUGCAGGAGAGAAGCCCUCCCAGGACUUUGGCAUAUAAGAAGGUGGAAGUGAUGGAAUCCAUUGAGAAGUUUUCAGCUGAGAGCAUUGAGACGUAUGAAGAAACCACCGUAAUUCUGGAGACCAUGAUUGGAAAGACAAAGACAGACAAGAACCUGGGAGACCAGGGCUCUCACAAUGCCUAGGCUUGUUGGAGAAAUGCCUCUCCAACAGUAUGGGCCACACUGUAGGAGGAGUGCUUUGAUUUUGUAGAGCAGAUGCUAAAGAGUGAAGGUUCCUGUUUGGAUUAGACCAUAGUUGGACUGUGUGGAAUUGGCAAGGAAGCCUUAAUUAAAAAAUAUAUUUUGCUUUCA